AUGGCAAGGGAGAAUCUCAGGGUGCUAAGUGCACUAGAUGUAGCAAGAACACAAUGUUACCAUUUUACAGCAAUUGCCAUUACUGGACUGGGCUUCUUCACCAAUGCAUAUGAUCUAUUUUGCAUAUCGCUUGUUACAAGGCUACUCGGUCGUAUAUAUUACUAUGUCGACGGAGCUGAAGAGCCUGGAACAUUGCCACCAAACGUUGCAGCAACAGUUAACGGCCUCGCUUUAGUUGGAACAUUUACCGGACAACUCUUCUUCGGCUGGCUCGGUGACAAACUAGGCCGUAGAACAGUCUAUGGAAUCACUCUAAACAUUAUGAUUAUUUGUUCCCUAGGUUCUGGUCUUUCAUUUGGACAUGAACCAAAAAUGGUGUUGGGAACUCUUUGCUUCUUCAGAUUCUGGCUUGGUUUUGGUAUUGGUGGUGAUUAUCCACUUUCUGCUACAAUUAUGUCUGAAUACUCAAACAAAAAAACACGUGGGGCGUUUGUAGCUGCAGUUUUUGCUAUGCAGGGUUUUGGAAUUGUAGCAGGUGGUGUAUUUGCUAUCAUAGUAUCAGUUGCAUUUAAAUCGAAAUUCGAUGCACCGCCUUACGUGGUUGAUCCUACGGGUUCAACUGUUCCGGAAGCCGAUUAUGUUUGGAGGAUAAUCUUAAUGUUUGGAGCAAUUCCAGCUGCAUUGACUUAUUAUUCAAGAUCUACAAUGCCUGAAACCGCGCGUUACACCGCACUUGUUGCGAAGGAUAUGGAUAAAGCUGUGGCAGAUAUGUCUAAGGUUUUGAAGAUGGAUAUUAAAGCUGAACCUCUAAAAGAUGAUGAUGUUGAAGAAAAUAAACAAUUUGGACUUUUUUCAAAGGAAUUUAUGUCGCGUCAUGGUGUACAUUUGCUUGGAACAAUGUCCACAUGGUUUUUCCUUGAUGUUGUAUUUCAUAGUAUGAAUCUUUUCCAAAAAGAUGUCUUUUGUACCGUUGGUUGGAUUCGGUAUCCGAAGACAAUGAAUGCAAUGGAAGAGGUUUAUAUAAUUGCGAAGGCGCAAACACUUAUUGCUUUAUGUAGUACAGUUCCUGGUUACUGGUUCACAGUGGCACUCAUUGAUAGAAUGGGAAGGUUCACUAUUCAGUUAAUGGGAUUCUUCUUUAUGACAGUUUUUAUGUUUGCAAUUGCUAUUCCUUUUGAUCACUGGACAAUAACAGAGAACAAAAUUGGGUUUGCUGUGCUUUAUGCCUUAACCUUCUUCUUCGCAAAUUUCGGGCCUAAUACUACCACAUUUGUUGUGCCUGCCGAGAUUUUCCCGGCUAGGUUUAGAUCAACUUGUCAUGGAAUGUCGUCUGCAGCAGGGAAGCUUGGAGCGAUGGUUGGCGCGUUCGGGUUUUUAUUUUUAGUACAGAAUCAAGAUCCCAAGAAAACUGAUGCAGGGUACCCUGCUGGUAUUGGUGUGAGAAACUCAUUGUUUUGUUUAGGUGCUGUUACCAUUUUGGGAUUCUGUUUUACUUUCUUGGUGCCUGAGGCAAAGGGAAGAUCUCUUGAGGAAAUGUCUGGUGAGGACAUUGAUGAUAUUGUUGAUGAUACUAUUAGUCAUAGCAGCAGUAGUAACAGAAUGAUGUCAUAUCCUUAG